AUCUGUUCACGAGUGAAACCUCAAUGUUCAUAGUCUGUGUGGCUUCAAGUAAACACUGACACUUACCAAAGUCCAACUCUAGAUUUACUAGACGACUGCUGAAAAUGUUGGUACAUCAAGGUGUUGAGCUGGAAACGCCUCCCCCAGGACUGGAGAGAGAGUUUAAUACUCUAUUUAACUUUGAUGCUCUGCAAUUUCUGUCUGAACUCAUUUCUACCUUCCAACCAGAGGUUGACAAGGUUUUGAACUUGAGAGUUCUCCGGAAAGUUCAAUUGGAUCUUACUGGAGAGUUACCAGGCUUUCUGCGGGACACAGCUCACAUCCGAAAUGAUCCCAGCUGGAGAGUUAACCCAGUUCCAGACAGAUUACACUGCAGACAUGUGGACAUUGGUGACCUGUCACCUUGUGAUACACAACGUCUUAUAAUGGGACUCAAAUCUACUGCCCAAGGGUUACAGGUUGAUUUUGAUGAUGGCAACUGUCCAACAUAUCGCAAUCAAAUAAAGGGCAUUUAUAAUGUUUACCUGGCUGUGCACAACCAAUUUCAGGAUGUACCACCCAUUUCUCAGGCUCCAGUACUGAUGCUCCGUCCUCGAGCGUGGAACAUGGUGGAGCACAACAUGAUGGUGAAUGGUCGAGAGGUUCCUGGUCCAUUGUUUGAUUUUGGUCUGCUGAUGUUUCAUAAUGCAAAACUGCUUCUUCAAAACCAGAGUGGUCCUUUUUUCUACUUGUCCAAGGUUGAGAGCUACAUGGAAGAAUUGUGGAGUCAGAUUUUUUUCUGGACUGAGAAGAAGCUUGGCCUUCCCGCGGGCUGUAUAAAGGCUACCGUGCUGAUUGAGUGUGUCCUGGCAUCGUUCGAGAUGGAGGAGAUUUUGUAUGAGCUCAAGGAACACUCUGCUGGUCUCAACUGUGGCAUCUGGGAUUACUCAGCUUCAUUUGUCAACAAAUUCGGUCAUCGGGCAGAUUUCCUCCUCCCUGACCGCAGUAAGUAUGUAGAUAUGGAGAAGCGUUUUCUGCACAGCUACAUGGACCUUCUAGUGCAGACGUGUCACCGCAGGGGUGCCUUAGCAACAGGUGGCAUGGCAGCUUUGCUGUUGCCUAGAGACAAAGAGAGUGACCUCCACAAGACUGUACUCGCUACUGUCACCAGGCUUAAGUUACUGGAGAUCAAAGCAGGAGUUGAUGGGUUCAUGGUUUACGACAUGGACCUGAUUAAGCCCAUGCAGAAACUGUUCCAGCUUCACUCUCAUGGUCAGAACCAACUCAAGCAGCUGCGUGAAGACAUCAAUGUGACCCCUGAGGACUUGCUCAUUAUGCCUGCAGGAGGAGUAACAUUGCAUGGACUGAGGUAUAACAUCGCUGUAGGAAUCCUCUUCGUUGAAGCCUGGCUUUCAGGCAGAGGUCAUUUCUUCUAUCUGGGGAAGGUUGAGGAUUCAGCAACUGCAGAAAUAUCCAGAUCUCAGGUUUGGCAGUGGAUCCGGCACCAGGUGAGACUGGAGGAUGAUGGGAUGGUGGUGACACGAGCUCUAGUCAGCGGCUUGGCUGAAGAUCUGAUAGGAGAUCUGAAGGCAGCCAUAAAUUGCCAAACAAACAGAGACAGAGAGAGGUUGAUGACUGCUGUGUCCAUGUUUCUAGAGAUAGUGCAGAAGAAUGAUUUCCCAGAGUUCAUCACUACAUACCUCAACCUGGACCACACUUUCCUCAGCUCUCAGAGCCAACAUGAGAACGGAUCAACAGAUGCGGUGCCCAAAGCCAGACUCUAAACAAGUAUGGGAUUAAGUCUAAAAUUACUUCUGCAUCACAAGGAAAACAAUACAUCCAUGAAUGCAUUUAUAUGUUGGCGUAACAUUUGUGAAACUACUCUUCAUACCUAGAUUUACAGAUAAUUAUGAAGAUGGGUCAAAACGGAGUGUAAAAAUACUUCCAAUAUAACAACAGCACAGUAGUACUCAAACAAUUGACAUAAAAUAAUAAGUAAAAACAACUAAAAUUCAAGAUGUGUCAAAUCGCAAUUCACUCCCUCAACAGCUACAGUAUGGAGAAACCUCCACCACAGGGGUCAAAAUAUCUGUUGUCUCUCGCCAUUGACAACCAUACAAUAUUUUUUUCGAAAUAAGGGAGAUAGUCCUCACUGCAGAACACGAAAUCCAGGGGGAGGAGUUGGAUCCAGAUCCAACUGGAAUGCUAAAUUUAACUUCAGCAGCCUCUGUGUUUCUUGUGGUCUGUAUUUUCUAAGAAAUGAAAUGGUUACAUCUGACAGUGUACAACCAAACAUAGAAAUUAAAAACAAAAAGAGAAGUGCAUCACCGUUAUGUUAUUUUGUUUUAUUUGUAACUGUGUGAAUGUCAAAUGAUGGGACAUUUUCUUAGGAUUCAGACAGUGGUAUGUUUGAUGGAGGGGGAGGAUCAUAAACAAAGGUUGAAACCAGCAUAAGGAGAACCCAAACAA